AGCGGAAACUUGUUCAAUCAUCCACGUGCGCCGUGCGGUAGCAUUUCAGUCACGUUGCUGUAUUCACCGCUGCACGAUGAAACGACCAAAGUUAAAGAAAGCUAGUAAGCGGAUGUCCUGUUCCAAACGUUACAAAAUACAGAAAAAGGUCCGGGAGCAUAACAGGAAGGUAAGAAAAGAAGCAAAGAAGAAAGGAGUUCAGAAACGAGUGAAGAAGGAUCCCGGAGUGCCCAACAGUGCUCCUUUCAAGGAGGAGGUCCUCAGAGAGGCCGAGCAAAGGAGGCUGAAGAUUGAAGAAGAAAAAGAAAAACAGCGACAAGCCAAGAAGGAAGAACGAGCUCUGAAAAGGAAAAAAGAGAAGGAGGCCGCAGCUAAAGAAACAGAACCCAAAGCCAAGAAGGCUCGAACGGAUAAAACCAGAGAGAAACAAACAACCUCAAACAAAAACUCAAAACAGUUCGUUUGUGCAGAGCUAAACAAGGUUAUUGAUGCAUCCGAUGUUGUGAUAGAAGUCCUCGAUGCUCGAGAUCCGCUGGGAAGCAGGUGUCCACAGGUGGAGGAGGCUGUGCUGCACGGGGGAGGCAACAAGAAAUUACUUCUUGUAUUAAACAAAAUUGAUCUGGUGCCCAAAGAGAUUGUGGAGAGUUGGAUCAAGUUUUUACAAAAGGAACUUCCAGUUCUGGCAUUCAAAGCGUCAGCGCGGCUCAGAGAAAAAAAUGGGCCAGCCAAAAAGAGCAGAGUGGUUCCUUCGAAUGAAGUCCUGGACAAAUCCAGAGGAGCUGCCUGCUUGGGAAACGAUUGUCUCACAAACUUCCUGACAAGUUAUGCUGCAAAGACACAAAAUGAAGCUGCACUCAAAGUUGGCGUUGUUGGUUUUCCUAACGUAGGGAAGAGCAGCCUCAUUAACAGCUUGAAAGGAUUACUGGUAUGUCAUGUUGGUGCUGACAGAGGCACCACAAAAACUAUGCAGAUGGUGCACAUCUCCAAAAACAUUAAGAUGAUGGACAGCCCAGGAAUUGUGGCAUCUCCAUCCAACGCCCCCAUCUCCCUGGCUCUGUGGAGCCUGCAGGUGGAAGAGGGUGAUCUGAGCGUACUGGAUGCUGUCGGGACUCUUAUGAAUCAGUGUGAUAAGAACCAGGUCAUGCUUCACUAUAAUGUCCCAAACUUCAAAAACCCCCUGGAGUUUCUCACCGUGUUUGCCAAGAAGCGUGGGUACCUGCAGAAGGGCGGCGUUCCUAACACGGAGCAGGCAGCAGUUACGUUUCUGUCCGAUUGGACGGGAUCCAAAGUAAGCUUCCACAGUCGAGUGCCAACCAACUACAGCCCCCCUACCUACAUGUCUGAUGUCGUGGUCACUGAGAUGUUUAACGGCUGGGAUAUAAACAAGCUCAAAAAUGAGGAAACGCUUAAAGGUUUUAAAUUUGUAAACCAGGCCAGCAGCAUAAGCUUCACUUCUAAAGGCCUGACUUCAGGUCUGCUGAGUGUGUCUGAAGAAAAACCUGGUGCUGCAGAGGAAAAGGUGGAGCAGAACGAGAACAAUGAGCCUGAACAAACUGUGGACCCGUGUGAGGAGGUAGAAGAUCUUAAGAAACCCCAGAAAACAUCACUCAGAGAAAAAACCAGCAAGGUGAAAUUUCAGUCUGACCCCAUCGACAUCAGCUUCUCUACAGUCAACACAGAUGAUGCUUAUGACUUCAACACAGAUUUUAUAUGAGCUCUUCUCAACAUCAUUAUAUAUUUUUGCACCUGUUUUUGUGUUACAUGGACUGAUAAGUGCUCAGUACUUUUCCUGUUUUAAUUGCAUAUAGUACUACAUAAGUGAUACUGGUACUUGCUGCUAUUUUACUCAGUGGAGGGCCUAAACGAGACAAACUCAUCAUUUGACACAAACACAGCAGACUGCUGAUUGGUCAGAUUACUUGUUUUGUAAAACAUGAAGGUCUGGUGUUAAUUUUUUUUUUAAUAGUAAUCUGAAAACAUUUGUCCUUCCUACUGUGGUACUGUCCUAUGUAAUAAAAAAAAAACUACCAUGAGAUGUAAAUGCUGACACAAACAGUAUAAACAUGUUUGCUUUUCCUGUUCUUUGAUGUCAGACUACAAAUUAACCAGGUGUUGACAGGCCCUGCCACUCUAAACCCAAAAAAUAUUGGGACAAAACACCUUGUAAUGAAUCAGAUGUUCUGGGAUAGUUGGUUGACAGUGUGUAUAUAUCCAAUAAUUUUUAAAGAGAUUGGUUAGGAAGUGCUGAAUACUGUAUAUAAAUAAUGACCUGUACAUGAAGUAAAACUGAAAACAA